AUGUACCAGGCUGCUACGUUUUAUUACGACACCGGACGUCUGUCUGUCUGUCUAUCUAUCUAUCUAUCUAUCUUAGCUGCUAUUCUUAAUCAAUAUCGAAUUUUCUCUUUUUCUUUCUUUUUCUUCCACACCCUCUCUCUCUCUCUCUCUCUCUCUCUCUUUAUCUCUCGCUUCAGGCACCAUUAUACAUGCUCCCUCUUGCUGUUACUACUUUCAACCUGCUUCUCCACGCUUCUCGCGUACGCCUUUCUGGUUAGCUGUUGGUCAUCUUUCAGUGUGCAGUUACCGUUGCCCGAAGGGAAAAAGAACAGCUACCGCCGACAACCGGUGGACAGCGCCCACUUAGACUUCCAUGGCGCUAAAACCACAAAAUUACCACUGUUUCAAUGGCCUGGACACCUAAGAGCCAGCCUUAAUGUAACAGGGCUGUCACCCAUCAUAGCUAAAAGAGCCCCGAAUCCAAAUCAGCGUUUUCACAACAAAGCUGUUAAUAUAUAUCAACAUACCAAAAAUAAUAGCGACUAUGCUAAUCGUGAUACGGCGAAAAACUUUGAAGAUCGUCCGUCCCGAAGAGAGGAGGCGAUAUUAAGACAGAAUUAUAAAGGCCGUCGCCGUUACGAGGUGGCGAAAAUUAAAAGUACUGUUUCCAUUAGUAGUGAUAAGAACUAUAGUAACAAUUAUACAAAUGAUAAUACUUAUCUAAACAGACCUGGCCCGAAUCGGGUCGUCGGUGGGGCUAACGCUACAAAAGCCUCGAAUGCCGUUAACUCUGGUCGUCUUAAAACUGUUGCUUAUGUUCGAGGUGUCAAUGGCGAAAUAUUACAAGAUUCAACGCUAAUCGACAAAAAUGGACAACAAAAGUCGCGACAAGGUUUAACAACCAACGGAAGUUUAUAUGCGUCCCAUAUCCAGAACGGGAGUGAAGCGUACGCAGAUGGAUCCGAAGGACGUAGUCGUGGACGUCAUAGGACAACGUUCAUAAAAACGGAGACGGAUAAAAUCGUGGAUGACUCUGAGAAGAUAAAAAGUGAGAAAAACAGUCAGACGGUUGGGAAAUUAAGCAGUAAUAAGCGUCGUAAGCAAGAACGGAAGGAACACCUUACGAAACAUGCGCACAGAACCCGUGAAAACAUCGGGUCCAAAUCUGCGUCUUCAUUGGCGUCACUGUCUCCUAAAACGGCGUCGAUUUUGGACCCCGCUACGGGCAACGUAACCUUUUCUCUUCCGUCGAUUGGUGCAUCGCAAUUGCAAAGCAGAUCAAUCCCGACGCUCUCACCCUCAACAACACACCAAAACACUGCAAAAAUAACAGCAGACAAUUUUACAUCAAUAACGCCAGCAUCAAAUUCAACCGAUGAACGAGCUGCAAAUCAAACCCGACAACCUCAAAAUGAUAAGCAAGAUCUACUGCAAGAAGAUGGUCAAGCGCGAAGUGACCCUUACCGGCAACAACUUCUUCAAAUGCAGAAUCUACAAUUGCAGUUGCAAAAACAAUACCAACGCUACCGAAAACGUCAACAGAAGAGGCAACAAUACCGUCUCCAUCACCACCACCACCACCGCAAACACCAACGUCGCUUGGGUCACCAACGGCAUCGACGUGAUGUCCGUAAUGCCGGCGGUCGCAAAUCUCUUCGGCGUAAGCGUAACGCCCGAAAGGUGAAUCUCAACAGACGACGACGUCAUCAUCGAAGGCGAAGACGACGUCGGACGGCUGGAGGACGCCGAAAGUGGGACCCACGUUUGGCACAGGCUGAGGCUGACCGUCGUUGGCAAGCGGCUACUAUAACGUCGACAGCAUCAACAGUGAUUGAGGUGAAAGCUAAACGCAAUAAUGCGAAUUUAAUCAACUCUAGUUUUUACGGGAAGAGCAAUAAAAAGGGUACUCUCUUGAGCGUAGAGCGAAACGACCUCGCAUACAACGGCGACGAAUGGAAGAGUCACGUUGGAGACGUGAAGACGCGUGGUGUUGGCGAUGUGAAGAGAAACAAUGCUAGCGAUGUCCGCGCCGUCAUGAAUUUGACGGCGACUGUUAGAAGGUCAUUGAGUCACAAAGGUGUUUCGAAGGGUGACAUAACACGAAAACACACGGUCGACAAUGUCGUGAUGAACGAUACCGGAUUGACGUUACGUAACGGUUUUGGCAUUGGUGCCUUCAUGGACAACGGGUCCGAAAAAGACAGCAAUUAUUAUGAAGAUAAUAUGAUGGACGAACUAAAUUAUGAUUUCAAUGUAGUAGAGAUGCCUUCUGAAUAUAUGUCUUCUUCUUUAUCCUCAUCUUCGAAAUCCCCUUUGUCAGAUUCCCUUUCUAAGUUUCCCAAUACUUCUUCUUCUUCUUCUUCUUCUUCUUCUUCUUCUUCUUCGUCGUCGUCGUCGUCGUCUGCUUUGUCAUCGCUAUCGGCCGUAGCUGAUGUCCUGCGCCACCAACGAAAAUUGUCGACUAAUGCCACUCGGAAAAUGCCUCAAGCCCUUAUAAUCGGGGUGAAAAAGGGAGGCACCCGAGCCGUAUUGGAAUUCUUACGCUUACACCCCGAUGUCCGAGCCCCGGCAUCUAUCUAUCUAUCUAUCUAUCUAUCUAUCUAUCUGGGCCUGUUUAUAUCUAUCUAUCUAUCUAUCUAUCUAUCUAUCUCUGAGCCUCUAUCUAUCUAUCUAUCUAUCUAUCUAUCUAUCUAUCUAUCUAUCUAUCUAUCUAUCUCUGAGCCUGUUUAUAUCUAUCUAUCUAUCUAUCUAUCUAUCUAUCUAUCUGGCUAG